AGAAAACACGACUCGAUUGCGAUCGAAGCAAAAUUGUCGAUCGAAAUCGAAAUCGACUCGAAAUAGGUAUCGCAUACGAUUUGUCGAUUUCGAUCGAGAAAACUUAUACGAUCGACUUGUCGAGCAGUUUGCGUUCUGUCAAACAGCGGUUUGUUUACAUUGCGAAUGCAGGGAGCAGUGAAUACAUGUGAAUGAGAAUACAUUUUAUCAUUGUGCUUUGCUAUUUAAUGAUGAUUGCUUCAAUUUUACUGUACAAUCGUGAUCGUCGAUCCGCAAAUGUGGAUUUAAAGAAAUAUCGGCGAAAAUUGCGAAAGGAAUUAGAUCCUUUGAGUUUAGACGAUGCCGCGUAAGUAAACAGUCCGGGUAGAAGAAGCACUUGUACUGAUAGCUUGCUAUAGUUUUAGGAAAAAUUUUCGGAUUUCGAAGGAUUUAUUUUUAGAUAUCCUUGAAAAAAUUGAACCAGCAAUAAUGCCGAAACACAAUCGUGGGUUAUCUGCAGAACAAAAACUGGCAGCAGCUCUAAAAUUUUUAGCACAAGGAUCCUACCAGCUGGGUGUAGGCAACGAUUUUACGGUGCCAAUGGGACAAUCGACAUUUUCCGAAAUGUUCGAUGAAACAUUACGUGCUCUGGAAAAUGAACUUAAGAGGCACAUAAUGCUGGAAAUGACGGAGGAGGAACAAAUGGAGGCACGUAGAUUUUUCUAUGGUAAAUCUGGCAUUGCUGGUGCUGUUAUGGCUGUGGACGGUACACAUAUCAGAAUGAUAGCUCCUACUGAAGACUCAGUAAUAUAUUUCAACAGGAAAGGAUUCUACAGCUUAAAUGCGCUUCUUAUAUGUGACCACAAACACAUCAUUCGGUAUGUUAAUGCCAAAUAUAGUGGAUCGAAUCACGAUGCAUUUAUUUUUGAUAACAGUCCAGCUAAGUCAUUCUUUGAGCAAAAGUGGAGGAAUGGUGAAAGAAUGUUUAAACUGUUGGGUUUGUAGAACAACAAUUAACAUUAAAUUAAAGUGAUAUGCAAUAAUUUGAACUUUAUUUUAGGUGAUUCUGCAUAUCCAAGUAAACCGUGGUUAUUAAAACCUUACGCAAAUACACAACCUGGAAGUUCAGAGGCCGAUUACAAUACAAAACAUGCUCAAGGACGCGUUAUCAUAGAAAAUACUAUUGGUAUGCUAAAAGGGAAAUUUAGAUGUAUAAACGGUGAAAGGCAAUUGCACUACUCUCCCACUAAAUGCGCAAGGAUUGUAAACGUGUGUUGUGCUUUGCAUAAUCUUUGCAUUUUAAAUAGAAUUCCGGAAAA